CUCGGCCCCAGGCAGUUUUAGCACCAUCACAAACCCGCUUCAUCGCCAGCUGUUGGUCAAUUGAACUGGCUUGUUGCCCUACAGCAUCAUGGCUUUGAACGCUUACACCCUUAACGUCAACUACGAAGCGCAGCUCGAUGCCUUCAAGGAUUUUCUGAAGCAUUUCAAAAGUUUUGAGUCUGCCUCGGAAUCGGCUGCGACAGAAGCCAUUGAAGACCUUCGCAUUGACGAGGAUGGCACCAGCGAUGAAUACGAUUUUAUGGAUGAUGUCGCCCAGGAGGGCGGCGCACAGCGAGCUGGUCGCAGACGUCGGGAGCCUAAGCUCAAAUACAUGCAGGUAUUGCAGGAGGUCGCUGACCGGGAGCGCACAAACAUUCUGAUCGAGCUGGACGACCUCGCUACUUAUGAGAAAGGCCUUUCGGAUGACAUGGACCUGCGGCUUGUUGAAUCCGUGCAGAAGAACACCUACCAUUAUAUCGAUCUUUUCUCUCGUGCGGUUGAUGACUUGAUGCCGAAGGAAAGCAAGGAGAUCACUUUCAAGGAUGAUGUGCUCGAUGUUAUCAUGUCGCAGCGUGAGAAGCGCAACGAGGCCAUGAACAUGGCUGCAGAGGCCAAUGCCGACGCCGAUGCCGCCCAGUCUAUCUUUCCACCCGAGCUGACACGCCGGUACACCAUGAACUUCAAGCCCCUCACCCCUUCCGGCUCGAGCAGCGACCGCCAAUCCAAGGCCCUGGCAGUGCGCAAUGUCCGCGCAGAGCACAUUGGUGGCUUGAUCACCGUUCGGGGUAUCACAACCCGUGUCUCGGAUGUCAAGCCAGCUGUUGAAAUCAACGCCUACACUUGUGAUCGCUGUGGAUGUGAAGUGUUCCAACCGGUUACUACGAAGCAGUUCCUUCCUAUGUCCGAAUGUGUGUCCGAAGAAUGCAGGACGAACAACUCCAAGGGGCAACUGUUCCUCUCCACUCGCGCUUCCAAAUUCGUUCCUUUCCAAGAGGUCAAGAUCCAAGAAAUGGCCGAUCAGGUGCCCGUUGGCCAUAUCCCACGAACCAUGACUAUCCACUGCCAUGGAAGUCUCACACGCCAGCUCAACCCGGGAGAUGUUGUUGACAUCGCAGGAAUCUUCCUCCCCACGCCUUACACCGGUUUCAGAGCCAUCCGUGCGGGCUUGCUGACGGAUACUUACAUGGAAGCCCAGCAUAUCACGCAGCACAAGAAGUCAUACAACGACACGGCCAUGGACAGCCGAACUCUCCGCAAGAUCGACCAGUACCAGAAGUCCGGAAAUAUGUACGAGUACUUGUCGCGGUCAAUUGCCCCCGAAAUCUACGGACAUCUUGAUGUCAAGAAGGCGCUGCUUCUGCUCCUGAUCGGUGGUGUCACGAAAGAGAUGGGCGACGGCCUGCACAUUCGUGGUGACAUCAACAUCUGCCUCAUGGGUGACCCUGGUGUUGCCAAGUCCCAGUUGUUGAAGUAUAUUUCCAAGGUCGCCCCUCGUGGUGUUUACACAACCGGCCGGGGAAGCAGUGGUGUUGGUCUUACUGCGGCUGUUAUGCGGGACCCCGUGACGGAUGAGAUGGUUCUGGAGGGAGGUGCCCUGGUCCUGGCAGACAACGGUAUCUGCUGUAUCGAUGAAUUCGAUAAGAUGGAUGACUCGGAUCGUACGGCCAUUCACGAAGUGAUGGAACAGCAAACCAUUUCCAUCUCCAAGGCAGGAAUCACGACCACCCUCAACGCUCGUACCUCUAUCCUGGCAGCAGCCAACCCGCUUUAUGGCCGUUACAACCCCCGAGUCUCUCCAGUUGAGAACAUCAACCUUCCCGCGGCUCUCCUUUCGCGUUUCGAUGUCAUGUUCCUUAUUCUCGAUACCCCUUCGCGCGAAGCAGACGAGGAGCUGGCUAGCCACGUCACCUAUGUCCACAUGCACAACAAGCACCCUGAGCACGAGGAUGCCGGCGUUAUGUUCACGCCUCAGGAAGUCCGCCAGUACAUUGCUAAGGCGCGUACCUUCCGUCCUGUUGUUCCCUCCGCUGUGUCCGAUUACAUGGUCGGAGCCUAUGUAAGGAUGAGGAAGCAGCAGAAGAAGGACGAGGCAGAGAAGAAGCAGUUCUCCCAUGUGACGCCCCGUACGCUUCUCGGUGUUGUUCGUCUGUCGCAGGCCUUGGCGCGUCUCCGAUUCAGCAACGAAGUUGUCACCGAGGAUGUCGACGAGGCCCUGCGCCUGGUCGAGGUCAGCAAGGCUUCGCUGGCCAACGACGGCCAGUCAAGCUUGGACCAGAGCCCCACCAGCAAGAUCUACUACCUCAUCCGCAGCAUGAUGGAGAGUGGUGCUGCGGCUGUGGGCGAUGGAGACGGCAGCGAAUUGAGCAUGAGGAGAAUCCGGGAGAGAGUACUUGCCAAGGGUUUCACGGAGGACCAACUCAACGUGACGAUUGACGAGUAUGAGCAUAACAACGUCUGGCAAGUUCUGGGCGGUGGUACCCGCCUCGUCUUUGUUGAUGCUAUGGACAUGUAAACGGCUAUUACUUAAUUUAGCACGAGUCUGCAGUCAUACGUUUCUGCUAUCUUUCAUCGAUUAUUUUUUCAACUAUUUAUCUUCAUCCGAGAGACGUGCACGAGGCCAUGUGAGAUUCCUGUGGGAGGGUAGAACCCGGACCGGUGUUUGGUGUUUAUUUCUUGAUAUCAUCACAACUAAAUGAAUGGCAUUGAAUAAUCAAGCAGUA